AUGGAUGCAAAAAAUGCUUUUCUCCAUGGUGAUCUCAAAGAAGAUAUAUACAUGACACCUCCUACUGGUUUAUUAUCUUCUUCUACUUUGGAAGAUUUGAUUGCUUUGGCUGGUCUUCAAGAUUCUUCAUCUGUUGAUACUCUUUUAGAACAGCAUCUUGUUGCUUUUAGUGAUGCUAAUUGGGCUAUUUAUCCCAAUACUUAUCGCUCUGUCACUAGUUGGUGUAUGUUUCUUGGGGGUUCUUUGAUAUCAUGGAAGAAUAAGAAGCAACCUAAUCCCACUCCUCUUAAUGCGGAUAACACAAGUGCCAUUCAAAUUGCUACAAAUCUAGUCUACCAUGAGUGUACCAAGCAUAUUAAAGUCAAUUGUCAUUAUAUUUGUGAAGCUAUGGAUACUCGUGUCAUUUCUCUUCCACAUGUUUCCACAUCCGUACUAAUAGCAGUUGUGUUUGUGAAGCGUCUCACUCAACAACAACAUCAGUUUCUUGUUGGCAAAUUGAUGCUUCUUGCUCAACCAGCAUCAAUUUAA